AUGUUUAAAAUGGAAAUAGUAAAUGAGGGGUGGGUCUUUAAACAAUCGAAAUAUUUAAAAAGGUUAAGAAAGAGAUACAUUAUAUUAACGAAAAAUUUCAUUUGUUCUUUUAAGUCUGAAUAUUAUCAAGGAGAAAAACCAACCGAAAUAUUGUACUUAAACAAAUUUACGGAAUUAACAUCAAUGGAUGAUAUUAAAAAAAUAAAAUCAAUAUCAACUGAGUUAGGCUUAGAAGACAUACAUUUGUUUAAUGUUUGUUACAACAACAGAAAAAUUUUAUUUGUCACAAUGGAUAAGGACGAAAAAAAUAACUGGAUCCGUAAUAAUUAUAUUUAUCGCACUGCACGCUAUUUAUUUUUUUUUUCGCUGUUUUUUAUUUUUUUUUUCGCUAUUUUUUUAUUUUGCUUUUUUUCGCUGUUUUUUGCAGGGCAUAUUAGCAAACAAAUGAUCAGACCCACAGUACUGGUGAACGAGUAG